GACAUGAAAAGUAUUCAUAGUUGCAACAGUCAAUGCUAUACAUUCUCAGAUACCGGGAACCUGCUUUAGAAUCCAAUGCCAAGAGAAGGGUCUCUAUCAAUCAUUGACCUUGCUUGCUGACCGCGGAAACAAUUCCAUUGCAAAUUUCAAACUCCAUUGUCCUGCGUAGCAUAUUCCAACUUGCAAGAACUCUAUCCUACGUGCGGGUUUAUGUUGUGUAUCCGCAAUCAUGGAAUCCAUGAAUUCCAAUGAGCAAACACGUCUCCGAAUCAAGAUUGCUUGUGAAGAGUGUCGGAAGAAUAAACGAAAGUGUCAAGGCCAGAGACCAACGUGUGCCUUAUGCGAGAAAGGAGGGAAGCUGUGCUAUUAUCCCCCAGAGAUCUCGCGAAAACGCAAACAUUGUGAUGAUGUUUAUGUCCGUAGUCUUGAAGACAAAGUGAAAGCUUUGGAGGCUCAAUUGGCAGCUUAUCAGAGUUCGGAGUCUCAAUCUAAAGAGUAUAUGGGUCACGAGAUUUUGCCCAUAUCCAGUCCUGCUACCACAAGUUCUCUUGCUUAUGAGUCUGAGGCCAUAACUCCAGAGAACAUUGAUGAGCCCAAUGAUCCGCGCUCGCAGGUUGCAAUGGAAGAGCUUGCUUCAUUGAUGUUAACCAUGGAUAUCGAAGAGAAAGGUGAACCGUCAUUUACCAUCCCAAGGAACAAGUCCACCUCUAAACAAAAUUCAAUUCCUGGUGAGAUCUUGACUCCUGAUAUCAGCAGUCAUGAUCAAAACUUGAGUAAAAUCGGAUUCUACACUGAAACACGAACACACCUCGUUGAAUGUUUCAUGGCUGCAUUCAAUAUUUAUCAUCAGUUUAUAGAACAAGGAGAGUUGCAGACCAUUCUAUUGGAGACCACUUUCUCAAUAGAGUUGGAUUUCGGCUUCCGUAAUCAUGCUUUACUUUCCGUGGGUGCCUUUCUUUCUCCAAAAUCGGAUGCAAAGGAGUUGAGUAGUCACCACGCCACAUCUGCUGAGAACAUCCUAUUGAGAUCUAUACGGGAGUAUCCAAGUGACUUGGUUGUUCAAGGACUUGCAUUGUUAUCGUGGCGAGAGCUGAUGCUGGAGAAUAAUAGCAUGGCCUACACUUACAUAGCCAUGGCCACAGGCUUGAUAUUACAUCUUGGACUCCAUGUAAGCAGCCUCGGAUCAGGGAAGUCGCCGGACUUGACAUUGAAUCGUAAUUCCUCGGCCGAUGACUACGUUCGUAAGCGCCGAAUAAGGUCAUUCUGGGCUUAUUUCUCGGUGGAUCGCAUGGUAACCUCAAGUCUUGGAAUGAAUUGCACCAUACACUGGCAACGUAUUCGAAUUUCCUCAUUUUCCAGUGCCUUGGACCAUUACCCGUCGCCUGAUGAAUUAGCUCAUGAUAAGUUCUGCCAGCUAUGGCAUCUUUGGGACUCUUUCAUGGAUCAAAGGUAUGCGUUUGAGUGGACCGGUUUGAAAGCCAAGCAACGGCAAAAUCUUUUGAAGCGCGCACACCAAGCACUCACAGAUUUCUAUGCCGGUACCGAUGAUAAGCUAGCUCUGAGUAAGACUAGCAUGCCUCAAACUUUUCUUCUUUUCCAGUUAGCAUAUCACACUGCAAUAUUGCUCAUUCAUCGCCCCUUUUUAAACGAGCCCAAAGGCUCAGAAACUCUAAGCUUUGCCCUAAGAUCAGCGACAAACGCUGCUGCCUCCAUAGCUCGAAUUAUUCGAGCAUAUCGAAAAUUUUGUGGUUUUGCUGAUGUUAAUCCCCAAGUUAUAGAUUACAUCCUUAGUGCUGCCGUAAUUCAUUUACUGAAUGCAACAUCUGGCCGCAACUUUCUAGGGAGACAAUCUGCCAAUAGCCUGCAAAGUUGUUUGGAUGCCCUAGUCGAGAUACAGAGUACGUGGAUGGCACAAGCAAGCAGAGCGAUACGAGAAAUUCAAGAGCUCGCAGCCAAAUGGAAAGUGGUAUGGGCGUUACCAUUACAAUUUAGCCAGCGCGUACCAGAAAAGGAGAUUCGUCAAGAUCGCAUUCAAAUUAUGGCACCGAUGCCAGAAUGCACAAACGUGCUUACUAGUAACGCUCAAAUGCCCUAUGUUUUUGAUACGGGCGAAUUCGCGAAUAGGCACAUACAUCCUGGUUUCAAUAAUGAUUUUGGGGCUCUGUGGGAUCCAAGCUUGUUUGAAAAUGCUUUGGAGCAUGUCAAUCUACCUGAGCACAUUGCGUAUCAAUCGAGUCUUGAAUGGCUUUUCGACGAAAGCAAUCCUGGUUUUCAAUAGUCGUCUGGGAGAUGCGAAAGAUAAGAAAUUCCCCGAUAUGUAGCGAGAAGUCAGGCGAGGCAGUCAUCAAUUGUGCUUACAACCAACCCGAGUAACUUAUAAGAUAUACAGUUUGGUGGUUUUGCUUCUCCAAGGAGAACGUAAAUCUUCAAGCGGAAUUAAUACCGCGGAAUCCCUA